AUUUGCAUUUCGGAUGCUGGCCCCCGAGUUGAGCUAUUUAUUUAGGACACGGCUUUAGGGAUUGAGUGUGGGAAACAGAGCUCAGGCCACCGCCAGCUAUUUGUGGGGAGCUGGAGCUCCCACUCCAUUUUUUUUUUUAAAUCAAAUCCCUAAUUGGGCCAAGCUGCGCAGGGUGAGGCAUGUGACGCAAUCAUCUCCACGCCACGGCACACUCAGUGCCAGCCAGCCGUGAGCCAGUUGAAAUGGUUCUGCCCCCAGCACCAGCCCAAAAGUAGUCACUCCAGUGGGGUUGCCUACCUGUGAAGACCUAAGGUCCAGCCAGCACCAAUGGAGGACAAAAAGAAGAAAAGGAGUCCCAAGCCCUGCCUCACCCAGUCAGCCCAGGCUCCAAGCACACUACGCAGGGUCCCUGUGCCCACCAGCCACAGUGGUUCCUUGGCCCUGGGACUCCCUCACCUGCCAUCCCCCAAGCAGCGGGCCAAGUUCAAGAGGGUAGGCAAGGAGAAGUGCCGCCCAGUGCUGGCCGGAGGUGCAGGCGGCUCUGCAGGCACGCCCCUGCAGCACUCCUUCCUGACCGAGGUGACUGAUGUGUACGAGAUGGAGGGCGGACUGCUGAACCUGCUCAAUGAUUUCCACUCAGGCCGGCUGCAGGCCUUUGGGAAAGAAUGCUCCUUCGAGCAGUUGGAGCAUGUGCGGGAGAUGCAGGAGAAGCUGGCCCGACUGCACUUCAGCCUGGAUGUGUGUGGGGAGGAAGAGGAGGAAGAGGAAGAAGAUGGGGUCACCGAGGGGCUGCCUGAGGAGCAGAAGAAGACAAUGGCUGACCGCAACCUGGACCAGCUGCUCAGCAAUCUGGAAGAUCUUAGUAAUUCUAUACAGAAGCUUCACCUGGCCGAGAACGCUGAACCUGAGGAGCAGUCGGCUGCGUAGGUCUGGACCAGGCCCGGGCUACUUUAUUCCUUCAAACUGUGAUUUUUUACGGAAUCCAUGGUCACCCCGCGCCCCCCAGGUGCUAUGGGGAGGGGGGGCACAUCGAUGGAAUAAAACCAGAA